AUGGUCGACAGUGUUGAUACAAUAAGGGAUCAUGUGGUAUGUCAUGGGUUUAGGCCUCAAUAUCAUGUGUGGGUUUGGCACAGUGAAAAGGGAUCGUAUAGGGAGAAUGUUGUUGGGAAUGAUAAGCACGAUAAAAGUGCCGAGAUUCGUGCGGAAGAUGAAUAUGGGAGUGAUGAUGGUGGAGAUGGGGAUGAGGAGGGGGAUGAGAUCGAGGAUGGUGGUGGUGAUCACUUGGAUGAGAUGAUGCAUAAUGUUGAAGGUGAAUUUGGUGACCGAUGUGAUAGCGACACUGGUUUUACUUCUUUGUUGACUUUGUUAUGUGACAUGUUGCCUGAUGGGAAUGAACUUCCUAAGUCCUUCUAUUAUGCAAAGAAACUCAUGUGUCCAUUUGGUUUGGAGUAUAAGAAGAUACAUGCAUGUUCUAAUGAUUGUGUUCUUUAUCGAAAUAAAUAUGAAGAGUUGGAAGAUUGUCCACGUUGUGGUAUGUCGCGUUACAAGCGAAAGAGCUGCAAUGCUGGUAUGAAAGGAUCUCCUGCUAAGGUGUUAUGGUAUCUUCCCAUCAUUCCUAGGUUCAAGCGUCUAUUUUCAAUACCAAAAGAUGCUAAGAACUUGAGAUGGCAUGCAGAGGGAAGAAAGAAAAACGGUUUGCUGAAGCAUCCGGCUGACUCUCCGGAUUGGAAGAACAUCGAUAUGAAGUUCAGGGCAUUUGGUGAUGAAAACAAAGGGCAUAAAGCAUGUCCUAUUUGUAUCGAUGACACACCAAACGUGUACCUUGAACACUACGGCAAAGAUGUGUACGUGAGGAUUCGAAGAUUGCUUAGGCGCGAUCACCCAUAUCGUAGGCAGAAAAAGGCCUUCAAUGGAAAAGUGGAAGAGGGGGCUGCGCCUAGGCCAUUGAGUGGACAGGAGGUGUAUGGUCAAGUGAAGGGUAUACCAACUGUUUUUGAGAAGAAUGUUUGUGAUGCAGUUGUUGGGACAAUUAUGGGUAUUCAUGGAAAAACAGAGGAUGGAAAGAGCGCGCAAUUAGAUUUGGAAGCUUGGGGGGUUCAUCCGGAAUUGUGA